AUGGCGCCAGUAAUAUGGGGGCUCGACUUAAAAGACAUCCAUUGGAGGAAGUUUGGGAGCGACUAUAUGUGGAAGAAUAAAGACUACCACAUGAGACGGACCAAGUUUGUGAUCUAUCAGCUUGCUAUGAUAUGCAUGGUUGUAUCCGAAUCAAUAGGCACCGCUGCCUUGACGGACUAUGUGAAGCAACAGUCUAGGAUUGAGAGCUUACACUCCUCGGCGUCUGUGCACAACGACGACUUCGUCGGCGUUGCUUCAUACAAUAUCUUCUGUGGUGUGGCGGUCGCCACCGUCUUUGGGGCUGCGUUUUUCUUCGAUCUCUUCUUCCCAGAGCGCUUCGAACCAAGGAACAUUCGAUGGUCAUGGAGGCUCAGUGCAGUUUUCGUGACGUUGUGUACGAUUGGUGAUGCAUUGGCAUUCACAGUCGUUGUGGCAACCGGCAAGUCCUGGAUUUCGGCCGACACCGAGGACCAAGAACAGAUUGCUCAAGAAAAGAUCAAUCCGCCGUUGGUCUAUCGACACAACGGUAGAGCCAUUGCCGCGACGGUAUUCUUGUGGCUCGGCUUGUGUGCAACGGUGGCUAGCUGUAUCAUCUUGUGGCUCUACUACCAGCAUCACGACACCUAUGGACCAAAAUCCCACACUGCCCGCAUGCGGGAUGAGGUUGACAAGACCAUUUUGAUCAACGAGCGAGCCCGAACUGGCAUGAGCUCGCGAGAGCAGAUGGCGGAGCAGAUGGCUUUUCAAUCAAUGUAA